AUAGGUUUUUGAAGCUCGCCGCCGAGGCGCCGUUUGGUGUAUGUAAUACAUACGACCAAUAAAAAGAUUGAAAAAAGGAAAUCAGAGAAGUGAAGUGCAGGGGGAGUCGAAAGUAACGAGUCAUCAGGCGGUACAAGAUGGCAGAGGGACAGGACAGUCCGCAGAAAAUAACGAUUUUUAUCAAAACACCGAGGGAGAAACAGACAAUCGAGAUCGAGGAAAAUGCCUCCAUCAAGGACUUCAAGGAGGAGGUGUCGAAGAAGUUCAAUGCUCAGCCGGAACAGUUGUGCCUCAUUUUCGCGGGGAAAAUUAUGAAGGACCAUGAAACCCUGGGGACACACAAUGUUAAGGAUGGAUUAACAGUUCAUUUGGUUAUUAAAGCAUUGAGAUCACAGCAGCCGAAUAACCAGGGGGCAUCCCAGCAACCGCCUCCGAGGCCUGCAGCUGAUGUAGGUGCUAGUCCAUUUGGUCUAGGGAAUUUAGGGGGCCUAGCUGGCUUAGAAAAUCUUGGUCUGGGUUCAGCCAAUUUCGUUGAUCUCCAGCAGCGCAUGCAACGAGAAUUACUCUCAAAUCCCGAAACAAUGCGUCAAGUUUUCGAUAAUCCACUGGUACAAAGCCUCAUGAAUAAUCCAGAAAAUGUUCGCAUGCUCGUCUCGGCAAAUCCACAAAUGCAGGAGCUCAUGCAACGUAAUCCGGAAAUCAGUCACAUGUUAAAUAAUCCAGAAUUACUGAGACAAACGAUGGAACUGGCACGAAAUCCGUCAAUGCUUCAAGAACUGAUGCGCUCCCACGAUCGAGCACUCUCCAAUUUAGAAUCGAUUCCUGGAGGACACAGUGCCCUUCGCCGGAUGUAUCGGGACAUUCAGGAGCCAAUGUUGGCAGCAGUCAACAGCGAGCGCAAUCCCUUCGCAGCAUUAAUCGAGAACACCUCAGAAGCUGCCACAAAUCCUCAGCAAGGCCAGGAGAAUCGUGAUCCCUUGCCCAAUCCUUGGAAUCCCAACACAGACUCGCCAUCACCAGGCGGUGCCCCAAGAGCUGCUCCUGGAGGUCUGGGGGGACUGGGAGGCCUAGGUGGUCUUGGAGGCCUUGGGGGGCCCGGUCGAGGUCUCCUCGACUCUCCAGGGAUGCAGAGUCUCGCUGCUCAGAUGAUGGAAAAUCCCCAGCUGAUGCGAAAUAUGCUGGUGGCCCCCUACACGAGAUCAAUCUUAGAGGCAAUGGCCGAUGAUCCAGCAAUAGCCGAAGGAGUCUUAGCUUCUAAUCCAUUCUUCAGAUCCAAUCCCCAGAUGCAAGAGCAAAUGAGGUCAAUGCUACCGGCUUUCAUCCAACAGAUGCAGAAUCCUCAAAUCCAAAGUGUUGUGACAAAUCCAAACGCUUUAGCAGCGAUAAUGCAGAUACAACAGGGAAUGGAGCAGCUUCGCACAGUAGCUCCUGAAUUCGUUGACACUAUGGGCCUCCAAUCAGUCCCCACAAUACCCACAUCUGGUGCAACAGCUUCACCAACAUCCCCAUCAACGGGAACUGAUAGCAGUGCCACAGGAACUACAAAUGCAUUAGACACAGCAGAGCCAGCUAGAGAUUCAAAUGAUCUCUUCUCUCAAUUUAUGGCUAGAAUGGUGUCGUCAAUGGCUCUGAAUCAGGGUGGUGAGGGUGAUGGUGCUGUCCCUCCACCUGAGGAACGUUACAGGGCACAGCUAGAGCAGCUGACUGCCAUGGGUUUUCUCAAUCGUGAUGCUAAUCUACAAGCGCUCAUUGCUACAUUUGGGGAUAUUAAUGCUGCGGUUGAGAGACUACUCGCUAAUGGACAAGUUUCUAUGAGCUAACCGUGUUUAUUUCAUACUGUAAGGGGCGUCUAUUGGUCGAUGGAGGUGAUUUAUUGGUGAGGGCUGAGACCGUUGAUGAUUAUUGUUUUCUGGAUUAAUUCAAUCAGGAUCAGCUGAAGAGUCACGGAAAUUUGAGCAAUAACAAAUAAUUCGUAUGAGAAACCUCGGAGGAAAUCUAGAGUGAAAUAGCAAAGGGAGGUAAUUUCAUUGGUUUUUUCGGAAUAUCUCUUAAAUUGAGGGUGAUACGAAAUUUUUAUCAAGGCUAUUCCUAUUUUAUAGCUAGAACUGAGAGCUACAAAAAAUAAAACGGCGUUGAAACAAAUUUCGUUAUCUCCAUUGAAUUUUGUCGUACGUGAAUUCCGGAGUGAUUGGCAUGAGAUUUUUUUGUCGAUGAAAACUUGAGGGAAAUAAAUUAUUUAUCGAAGAUUUAAUGGUUGAGAGAGGGGCAGGGGGGUGUGGUGAUUUUCGAUAAGUUUUUUUUUUAAUUCCCCUGAGUGGGAGAGAUCUCAUGAUAAGCGUAUUGUUGGGACAGGAUUUCCUUAUUUCGGUGAAGUUUUUUCUCGUUGAAUGGCUCUCGUUGAUUCAAUUUUUUUUUAUUAUUUUUUUUUCUUUCGAUUGAGGUCUAUUGGGUUUGGUGGAGUGACUGAGAAUGUGAGACAAUCGUGAGGGCGGAGAAGAGGGGAAAUGAUCUGGAUUGAUUGGGCAUGUGCUAAAUUCAAGGAAAGACGGAAGUGGUGAACGGAGAUGAAAAAUUGACGGUUUUGUUUUCAUGAAUUAUCUGGGGAUUAAUUCAAAGAGGUGGAGAGAAUGGUGAAGGAGUUUUUUAAAAAAUUCUGUAAAAGGCUGACUUUUUCUGUUAAACCCGCGAUAUUAUUUCACGAACAUCUAGUAUUGGGUUUAGAGAAAAAUGUAAAAUCUUUCCAUUAGGGCCUGAAUUUUUUAAUGGACGAUUCCUCUGGGGUUUUUCGAUUGAUCCAAUUGUUUUUGAAUUAUUCAACGAUUUAAUUUUCGACUUGUCGAAAUUCACCACUUUACAUGUGAAUUCUAGAUACACUGAUUUUUUUUCAAGUUUUCUCCCAUUUUUGUUCGACCUGCCGCACUCGUAGUAUAAUUGCCGUCUCACAGCAUUUGAAACUAUAAAUUUACCCCAUUUUAGUUUUUCCCUUCACAGGUUAUUGCAAAAGUGGUCACAAAAAUUCAUAAACAAUUUCGCGUGUGUUUUCAUUUUCUUUCUGGAAUUUUUCAUGUCAAAAUAUUAUGUUCUCGUAUCCCGUUAUUUGAAGAAAAAUGCGUAGGGAAAUCGAAGUGAAUAUUCAUUGAGCGUCUGUAGAAGUGAAUUGAUUAAUGAUGAAGAUUAAUUACAAAGACGAGGGAAAAGUAGCAGAGAUUGCUCGGAAUCAUAUGAAAUCAUUGUUUACUAAACAAUAAAUUGGAACGAAAAGAAAGACUAGUAAUAAAAUCCGGUAAUAAUGAGAACUGUAAAAUAUCUUCGGCUAAAGGAUUUUGAUUUUUAAUAUUUUUGGUGGACGUAAUUUAGAAAAAAAUUAAACGAAAAUAAAAAAAAUAAAAAUAAUAUUCGAAUUGUAUUUAUGCGCCCAUUUUCGAUAGUUUGUGGUAAGCAUUGUCAGAUCAAAAACAGAUUGAGAGUGAACGAUUCAUAAUGCACAUAUAUACCAGUAUGUAUGUGUUGGGUGUGUGUAUAUAACUGUUUAUAUACACGAUAAAAAGUGAAUAAAAAUGAUGAUGAAAAACAA